AUGCCGAAUUCAUUGUGGUCGCUCGCCAGAGCUCGCGUUAAGCAGGCCUACAACAACACCAACAACAAAAACAAAAACACCACCACCACCACCACCACGCUGGGCCGACCGACAAUCGCAGCAAUGACAACAAAUACGGCGACCAAAUGCAAAGCACUUCCUUUGCAUCCAGGCUCUCAGCCCCCAUCUUACGAAGAUUCUAUUCCAGAUCUAGGAGAAUUGGACCAUCUUCUGCGAAGAAUAUUUGAAAAUCAGCUCUAUAGCCCCUUGGCACGCCUUCCAGAUCACAUUCUCGUCAAUAUCAUGAGGUCUUCUGAUCUUAAGAGUCUUUUCAGGCUGCGACAUACCUCCCGCAUCUUCAUGAUUCUCUUUAGUGUCAAUCCGACGUUCAAGUCCUUGCACUUGACGUCAGAUGAUCACCAACGAUUCUACGACACGGCAAGACUUUGGGAGGUACCGCGUCGCAUUAUCCCCACGCAUCAAGAAGCAUUCUUCCUCGAAUCCCGACGCAUAUGUCAAGUUUGUUUAAAUAGUCGAAGAGGAGACCGUCUAGGGAGAACGCUGCUAUUAAGCAUGCCGGUUCUUUAUUGUUCAGGCUGCCGCACAACCCACCGGGAAAUGCACUUCUCCGCACGUAUGCGAAAUGCGAUAGACGACGAUAGAGAUGAGAUGCAGGCUUUCGACCCAAAUGUCUGUGAUUGUGUCGAUUACUAUCUAGACCAUCCCUCGCUACAGCUUCAGCGUCCAAUACGCACCUGUCCUGCGCCAGCCAUUGCGCGCUGGCAGGAAUCGGCGCCAGAAGGCGGCUUCAUUAGCGAGACGGGCCGCUGUGCCUACAAGCGCCAUGGCUUCACCUUUGACGGGGUAGGCAUUCAGCUGCGCGUCGACUUUUUGAAAUGCCACGAUGCGACAAAGGAAAUGCUGGCCAUGCGCAAGACGCUUGUUUGCGCCAUCGAUCCAGAUGCGGCCUCGUCGGCAGGCUGGGGCGAUGUCGUCUCCUGGAUGUCUUCUGACACAAUAGCUGACCCAAAGCAGCGGGGUUUGUUUUACUGUCCGCGAGGAAAUUGCGACACCUGGAGACUUCAGACCUUUGACGUGCACCUUCGCGCGAUUGAGGCAAGACAGAUGCAACGGGAAAAGCUGGCCAGUACUACGACAAAGAAUGGCAAAAGAAAGGCAAGACGGCGGGGGCGACGAGGAGGAGGAGGAGAAUGA